CUGACAACCGUGUUGCUCGGGAGCGAAAGGAACAUGCAUCUCAUUUGUUGCCACGGAAAAAGAGGGCGUCCCCAGCAUGAAGUAAUCGAGCAAAGGGGCUGUUAAUGGUUUCCUCUGGAUUUGGCGAGCGACGGUGAAAGGAAGUCGGCUUCAGCAACAACGAUCAAUUGUUGUUGUUUAUUUUUUACAUACACUCGGUAGCAUACCAUUACCAGUAUGCGCUGCCAGAGAGAAAAUGUACGGUCGCACAAAAAGACGACAGGAUCCUUUGCCACUUAAGAGGCGUGAGGUCCAAAGAGAACAUGGAUCACAUGCACAAUAACAUGUCUGUCACGUAUGUGACCACAAAAAGGAAGAUCCCCAGGCCACAAUUAAAGCCCAACACACAAGUUACCAAGGCAUUGGACCGAGACUUCGAAUUAGGGGGGAUUGGACCAUCCAAGAUCGAGGCAUGUUCUCAGAAGACUCAAAACAUAAAGAGGACAUAUGCAAGAAAAAAAUACCACGACCUGCAGCCUGUCUUCAUGAGUCCUACGGAGGAUCCGGCUAGCGAGUCCUCGUCCUCCUGCUCGGUCAUUGCCUCCAGCCUGAUCAACGGGACGGAGGAGUCCCACAUGGGACCCAUGAGUCACAUGGGUCACAUGGCCUACAGGAUGCAGGGCAGAGAGCCGUGCUGCCACGGGCUGGAGGGCAUUAGGGGGACUGGUUAUGGCAUGAAGAGGAAGCAACCAAUAGAGGAGCCAUGCAGGUCCCCAGCUACAAGCCUUCCUGGGGUUAUAAGAGAGUCAGUUCUUGUGGUGGAGCGUACCGACAGCAGUCACCUGGUUCUGCCAUCUGAAGAGCCGAGGCCAAGGAUCUUCACCACCAAGAAAGAGCCGCCAACUUACCCACCAGGGAGCCAAGAAGAGAGGUGGCAGUUGCAGAUCUUGGGAAAGGGAAGAGUCACGUGUCCCAAGUGCAAAUCGGUCGGAAGGAAGACAGUGGAAGGCCUAAAGAAACACAUGGAAUCCUGCAAUAUGCACCCCUUUACAUGUCCGCACUGUGGAAAACAACUGAAGUCCUCAACGGGGAUGAAGUACCACCUCAUGGCUGACCACAACAACCUGCCCUCACUUGAGGAAGGUAAUGGGAUGGACGACCAGGCGCUAAAAGAGAAGCUCCGGAAGAUUCUGAAAAGAAUGGGUAAAUUGAAAUGCUCCAAAGAGGGAUGCAGUGGCAGCUUCACUAGCAUCAUGGGUUACCUGUACCACACCAAGAAGUGUGGCAAGGAGGAGUCAGAGCUGGAGAAACUGCUGCUGAACUGCAAGCACUGUGGGAAACCUUACCGCUCAAGGGCUGGCCUGGAGUAUCACCUCAAAUCUGAACACGCUCCGACGCCCCAGAAGACGGACGAGGACGAGUCGAAGACCCAGCAGGAGCCCAGCCCAGAGAGGACACCCAGCGGUCGCGUGAAGCGCAUGUCCGCCCAGGUGGCAGUCUACCACCUGCAGGAGAUUGCCAAUGAUGAGCUUAGUAAGGAGUGGCCUAAGAGGAAAGUUCAACGGGACCUGGUCCCGGACGAUAAGAAGCUCAAAUAUGCCCGUCCUGGACUGCCAGCUUUCAGUCAGGAGGUUCUGCGAAAGUGGAAGAAUGAAGUCAAACUGCAAAGAAAAGUGCAAUGCCCUAAUCAGGGAUGCGGGGCCGUCUACACCAGUGUGUCUGGGCUCAAAGCUCACCUGGGCCUCUGCACGAUGGGAGAGUUUGAAGCUGGAAAAUACAAAUGUCUGAUAUGCCGUAAGGAGUUCAAUUCAGAAAGUGGGGUGAAGUAUCACAUCAACUCCGUCCACUCUCAGGAGUGGUUUGUGGUGAGCAAAAAAGCCUCCAAGAAUUUCGAGAAGCUGCUAAAGACAAAGCCCAGACUCAUUGGACCAGAGCCGACUCCCGAGCAGAACCCGGAUCUCCGCUUCACCCCGGGCCUCAGCACCUGGCAGGAGAUGGGCCCCCUGGCUGCCCCCUCCACCGUCAUCAUGGCCAACCCCGGAGCCACGGAGGCCGAGGGCAAGAGGCAGGAGGAGAGGGAGAAGGACGGAGAGAAGGAGAGAGAGCCGGGGCAAGAGCAGAGUCGGGGGAAGGACUGCUACGACUUUGAAGGCAGCGACAACAACAGCCGCAACAGCAGCAGCAGCAGCGGAGGCAGCUCCAGCAGCGAGUCCGAGACGGAGGACGCCGUGCAGACUGGGCACGACACGUGGGCCCUGAAGAGGCCGCCCAUCGCCGAUCCCCAUCACGCGCUCCCUCCUCCUCCUCCUGCCAAGCUGCCCAGGGCCAACCCCUAACCUGCCGUCCUGCCUUUGCCCAGCAUUUCGCGGACCAACCCAACAUCACUGGGUUCCCAACCCCUGUCCUUUCACACAAAUUGUGUGUUUGACAUUUGAUGUACUACAAGUAGUACAGCAACAGUGAACUUUAACCUUACUAGAGUAACUGUGUUUACUUUCAACACAUCGGCUCUGUGACAUCCGUGUGCCAGUGUUGUUUUUGUUGUUUUUUUUUUGUUUUUUUUUCAGUUGACCUCAACACAAAACAUUGAACAAGUGGAACACGAGGGAAAGUGGGCUAUACCUUACCACUGUGUCUGCCACCACCUGUAUACAAACUGUAGACUUCUGCUCAAUAUGUGUUUAACCAGCUGCAUGUGAUGUGGUCUUCUUGUACUGAAUGCUUCUUCCUGAACCCACGGAAUGGUAGUGAUGAUUGCUACUGUACAAAAAAAAAGGAAAGAUGGUGGUGUUGUUUUUGUACAGAUAACAUUAUAAACGCUAAUCAUUCAUUUCUGCAUAAGAGAGCAGUAGUUAGAUUGGUGCGUGGCUCUGGAUGUGCAUUUUGUUUAGAAAUGAAGUUUGAGUGAUUCCUUCAUGAUAAAGAGGAGUAGGGUGCAGAGUAUUGCAUGGGUUACUUCCUUUCUGACUGACACUGUGCAUGACAGAAUAUAGCACUGUCCCACAGUGAUGAAACACUUUUUUUUUUUCAAUUUGUCAUUUAUAAUAUUUUUUAACACAAAGGACCAAAAAAAAGUCUUCAGACAUCGCUAGACAUUACUAAGUUUAGUUCAUGCUAUAUGACUGUGUUCUGCAAAUGAUGAAGGGAAUGCAUGCAUUAACUUGUGCAGAGAGAGGGAAAUCAUUCCACUGUACUCUGUAAAUCUGUUUCCCAAUAUGCCUUGUUUCGUCUGCAAAGUAACAGUAGAUGACAAUUGUAUUGAAGUUAACGUACUGUUUUUCGUAGGUUGCUGUCAGCUUAACACCGUAACCUCAUGGUAUACAUUAGUACAGAUGGUUCUGGAGUAACUUACUCGCCUUGUAACAAGCUGUAUUUAUAUGAAAGUAUAUUGUUAGAUUAGUCAACUUGUAUACUACUUGUGUUUUUUUUAUUUAGAACAUAUGUAACUUUUUCAGCAACAUAAGGAAAUGUACUUUCGACAUGUGUAAUUAAAGGUUUGUGUACUGUUA